CCAACAACUCAUGGCUACAUAUGUGCAGCACCUCAACUCCAGCCACAGAACAGGAGGCUCAAGGAGAGGUCAUCAUAGAAGGGGCAGAGGUGGAGCUUCCCACAGAACCCACCAAUGACAUAGAGAUGGAAGUGUUAGAGUGGCCUACUCGGGCCCAGUUGGAGCAGGUGGUUGAGCUGAGUAUCUUGCUGAAGGGAGAGAGGUACAGCGAUGCUCUAAGAGAUACGGCCAGCUUCCAGUACCAGACACUCAACCAGCAGUUCAUUGACAAGAUAGAAGAUGCUCUGGGGGGACUGCCAGGCUUGAAGAGUGUGACUGUGCUGGAGUUCAGUGUGAGCUGUCAGCAGGAAAACUGGGAUCUGGGAUGUGGUGGUGCAGUGGGCCGAUUACAGGCACGUGCCUCAUACUGGGCCAAGCCAAGCCUGCUGAGAGAUCUAGGUCACAGGGAGAAGAGAAGGGCUCUCUGA